UUUUUAAAUACAACCACAAAAACUAAUUUUAUUGACGCGUAAGGAAAAUGGCAUCCAUCACGCAACAAGUAAAUUAUCUACUGGCCUCUGGACAAUAUCACAGUGUUUUGUCCAUCAUCAAAGGCUUUCGAAACGGGGCUGUAUAUGGAGCCAAAAUCCGAUUUCCUCAUGCACUGGUAAUGACUCUCCUUUUCAAAAGAGGAAGUUUUAAAGAGAUGACCCAAGGGAUAUUAGAAGCAACAUUUACACAUUCCAAAAAUCUGGCCUGUUUUGUAUUUGCCUACAAAACCCUAACCAGCCUGAUGGCCUGGUUAGAGACUCAUGAGAAACAGUACCAGUCCUUUAUUGCAGCAUUUAUUGGGGGCUACAUUGUGUUUGGACGAUAUAACAAAGUUAAUGAACAGAUCAACCUUUACCUGCUGUCUAGGAUUCUGUAUGGCCUCGCUAAGUUAGCUGUGAAGCGUGGGUACAUCUCGUCUCCAAAAGGACCGGUAUUUCCCUGGUUUGCAGCCAUUGUGUGGGGCAUUGUGUUGUGGUUGUUUGAAUACGAGAAGGACACCCUUCAACCUUCGCUAAAGUCGUCUAUGACAUAUCUUUACCAUGACAGCAAUAGGUGGAGCAGUUUUAAGAACUUUCUUAUAUACAACAAAUGAUUGUAGUAUGUGGUGUUCAAUAUUGAAGAAUACAUGUAUUGUCUCCUCAGUAUGAAAGUAUAUUUUAUUACAUGUAUCUCUCUGACAAGUUAUAAAAUUGCAGAGAAAAUUAGGGUUCUAGAUGUGUAUUCAUGAUUUUGACAACAUCUGUCAAACUAGUUAGUAUAUACAUUUAGAAUACAUCUGUAUCCGAUUUUCUGUUGUUAUAAUUUGCAUGAUUAAAUCUUCAAAAUGCAUGUGCUGAAAAACUAAAGUAAAAUAAUCUCAGACUGGUUUAAAAAACUAUAUUAGAAUUUUCAAAAUAUUUUCUUUUAUGAUAUCAGCUGUAAUUUUUUUCACUUUUAUGAAAUGUUAAUAUACCCCCCUCCCCCCUUUUCAAACAAUUUACAUUUUUAAAUUAAUACAACAUACAUUGUUAUAUCCUAAAAAUUUUAAUUUGAAAGAAAAUAAAGAGGUAUUGAGACAGGGAGCUUUAUUAAGUGUAACUUUGGGGUAAAAUAAAAUUAAUGUUUGUAACCUUUCUGAGAAUAGUUAUGUAGAAUAUUACUUCUUUAAAUUACUCUAAAUUACUCCCCCUAGACACCCGAUCCUAUCGCUAGUGUUUCCAGGGGUCCGUGUUUUCUAUUUUAUAUUUCAUAGAUUUUAAGAUUGGGUCACUGUUCAUUAUCUUCACCUUUUGCGUUAUAAAGUACUAAAUUUCUAAAACA